AUGUCCGCCGCUGCCGUGGCUUCGGCCCCAGGGCUUCCUCAGACCCAGCGUGCUAUCCUGGCGGGCGAGAAGGGCGAUUGGGUAAUCAGCCAGGAUGCUCCCGUCCCUGAGCUUGAGGCCGACAACAUCAUCAUCAAGACCGUGGCAGUCGCCCUCAACCCAGUAGACACCAAGAUGGUCGGCCCUUUCAUCGCCGAGGGCGCCAUGUUCGGUUUCGACUGCGCCGGAUACGUCGUCGCCAUCGGUUCUGACGUCGCCGCUUCCCGUCCCGGCCUCAAAGUCGGCGACAGGGUCUGCGGCUGUGCGGACGGUAUGAACAGAUUCCGCCCAAGGGCUGGUGCCUUUGGCGAGUACGUUGCCCUCGAUGGCGACAUGGCGCUCAAGAUCCCUGAGAGCAUGGGGUUUGAGGAGGCUGCAGGUAUGGGAAUGAGGAUUGCCACCGCGGGUAUGGCGCUGUUCUGGAGUCUGGGCAUACCCACCGAGUGGCUUCUUAAGGCUGCCGGCGAGCAGAUGCCGGUGCUGGUCUAUGGUGGCAGUACAAGCACCGGUACCAUGGCCAUCCAACUCCUCAAACUCUGCAACGUGAAAGUCAUCACAACCUGCUCACCUCGCAACUUCGACCUCGUCCGCUCCUACGGCGCUGACGCCGUCUUCGACUACAACUCACCCACCUGCGGCGCCGACAUCCGCGCCCACACUGCCAAUGCCCUCGACUACGCCCUGGACUGCAUCACCGAGGAGGGCUCCAUGAAGAUCUGCUACCAGGCCCUCGGCCGGUGCGGUGGCAAGUACACGGCCCUGGACCCCCACCCGGAGUCCAAGCGAAAAGUCGUCGAGCCCGACUGGAUCCUGGCCAGCAUGCUGGGCGGCAAGCCCUGCUCGUGGCCUGCGCCCUACGGCAACGAUGGGGACGCUCGCGUCAAGGAGUUCGCCAAGCCCUUCUUCGAGACUAUCCAGAAGCUCUUCGAUGAGGGUAGGCUUACGCCGCACCCGACCAAGAUCAGCCCGGGUGGGUUCGAGGGGCUUGCUGGCGAGGGUGUCACGGCCAUUCGAAAGGGUCAAAUCAGUGGCCAGAAGCUGGUGUAUCGUCUGGAUGGAGCUGUCCGGGAGUAG